AUGUACUCAAACCAGGCUGGCAUCAACGCCCGCUAUGAGCCUCAAGCCACCGACGAUGAUUCUUGGGACAACCGUUCAGACAAAUUCCCUUCCAACAACGGCAAGAAGAAGGCCUUUUAUCGACCGACAGCUUUGCGAUGGUACUUCAUACUCGGCCAGAUCGCCUUUUUAAUGGCUGUCAUGGGACUCACUAUCUGGGCCUUGAUAGAGAUGCCCAACUCGGACGGGACAGCCAAAAUUAUUCACAAGAGAAACCGCAACGAUAACCCCAACUUUCCUCGAGAUGACUCAGUUAUGACUCCGGAAAUGCGCAAGCAGACAAGACUUGCCACUACAGUCAUCGUGAGCGAUGUAUCUACUGUUGUCACGGUGCCAGGCACCACUGGCAAAUAUACCACCCACAUCCCAACUACGGAAUACAGCACACACUGGGGUCUCACAACGACAGUCAAGGAUGGCUCGACAAUAACAAGCGUCGAUUACACUGUCAUUCCGACAAAGGUCAUCACCGAGGUUGUCACCACUAAGCCGGGCGAAGCAACAAAAUCGGCCAUCACGAGUAUCAGUGUAGGCUACUCUACAGUGUACCCUUCGGGAACCGCUUCUGGUGAACCUAGCACUGUGAGCUACACGCAAGCAGUCACAAUUACCAUGGGAUAUUCACUCCCUGGUGUGAUAUCUACGUACACUUCUACUUUAGAUGCAGACAGAACCGAGACGGUGUACACUACGAUCGUCGAGGAUGGAGAAACCAAGACCAUCUCGCAUCUCAUUACUGAAGCAGCUCCAACCGUGUACGAGAGUGUGGGAGAGACAACAGCAUCAGCAAGUACCUAUGUUUCUUAUGGCAAGAUCACAAUUACUUCUAUUUACACCGAUCCAAAUCCGGCACAGGAACCCAUGGCGAAGCCUAAACCAACGCAUAAAGCCAAACCCACUGUCAUUGACGUUGUUACUGUCGACCCUGAUCAUACGGUGAAAAAGGUCGAGAAACUGGACCCAACAACAUACGUUACCAAAGUCAAUGAGGUUGAGACGGUAGCUGUGGUCGUCACUGACGCGGUCGAGACAGUAGUUAGCGAGGUUGAAGCUGCUGAGACCACACUCGAUGUCGUUGAAACUGGUGCAGAUGGUUUACUUACAACUAAGCAAGUUGUCUCAACGAACGCUGCUUCGUUAGCAACUAUUACAAGAUCCGCUGCGCCUACAACUAUCAUAUCAACAAAGUCUACCGACAAACUCAAGACAGUAACCUCUGAGCGAACGGAUUCCUCGACUUUCAUCUCAACUGUCAAAGGCACCACAAGGACAUAUGAAAAGACCACGACUAUUCUCCCAACUGCCACCGACGAUGCAUCUGAAGCUGAAGCCACUGGCGCAGUAGUCAAGGCGGUGAUUACAGUAUAUGAACUGCAUGCUGCAAACUACUUCUUGGGCAAGUUUGUUCCUCCUAUGUUAGCAGUCAUGCUCUCGAUUCCUGCCCGAGUCAUCGACUACAACGCACAGCUAUUCCAACCCUUCUACGCCAUGAACCAAGUCAAUGGUGCCAUGGGACCAGAGUCGAUGAACCUACACUUUAGUGGCUGGGCGGGUAUAAUGGAGCCCUUCAACAUUCUCCUCGAGGGCCAUCCAGUGCCUUUCAUCACUAUGCUCAUUGUCUGGUUCUCAGCCCUCCUUGCGCCUAUAGCAUCUGAAGCUGUCGGGUUUAAAAUGCAUGGCCAGUGCAAGAUCAACGCCUACGAAGGCUGUGCACCAGCACUGGGUGUCUCUCCGCUAUCAUCACGCAUCCUUCUCGCGAUCCUGGGUCUGACCAUUAUCCUUCUCUGUGCACUAUUGUUCUUCCUAAGAAAGUUCAACACUGGGCUAUACGCAAACCCGUGGAGUGUCGCGGGAAUUGCAUCACUGGCGUCGAAUAGAGACAUCAGACCCCAGAAGGACUCGGAGCGCAAGAUUGAAAAGGAAAUGGCCGAGAAGCGAUACGGGUUUGGCUUCUUCGAAAACCGCGCGGGUAAGACCGAGUAUGGUAUUGUCCUCUAUGACGACGCGGGAGAGAACCUACAGCAUGAGAAUUUCUUGUCGGACCCGAAUUCUGUAGAUACAGAGAUUGUAGUUACAGGGCGAAGGAACCCUUUCGCCGUGCUCGGUCUUGCAUGGCGUUUGGUGUUUCUCCUGUUCCUGCUGGGAUUGAUGGUGUUUCUGCUAUACUACCACCUCACCAUCGAUAAGUCGUCAUCGUUCAAGAACUUCAUGAACAGCCAGACCUUUGGCGUUCGGUUCUUGUUUGCUGCUUUCGGAGUCAUAAUCUCCUUUUGCUGGACAGCAUUCUUUAUAACCAUUGCUAUGGUCGUACCAUACCAGGUCAUGUCACACAGUCCCCAGUCAGCAUCCAACUCAGUAUUACUUACUCGUCCGACAAACCCCUUCUCUGGGUUCUGGUCAGCCAUCAAGCACCGCCAAGUCUUCCCUGGCCUGGUGGCUCUCAUGGCAAUCUUUUCCGAAUUCAUGCCUAUUCUCCUCGCCAAUAUCCCCUAUUCUCUCUCUCAAGUCCGUAUUUCGCAUGACAUUUGCGCGCGUCUCUCGGUUGGCAUCCUGGCACUCAUGGCCUUCACGAUUUUGCUCAGCUUUGUCAUUCGCUGGCCAGACAUGCCCGUCGAUCCGCGUUCCAUAGCGGGAGCAAUGUACUACGUCAGUGAGAGUAAUAUGGUGGACCACUUCAGUGGCAUGGCAGCCAUGGACGGUGACGAUCGUAAGAAGCGUAUCAAAGAAUUAGGAGGAACCUAUCUAUAUGGUGAGUUGACGACCAGAGAGGGCGAGAGGAGGCCUGCGGUGGAGUGGGACGACCAUACGCUGAGCGUUGGUCAUGUGGUUUCGCAGCAAAGGAAGGAUAAUGUACACGUCAGACACGAAAACGUUGAUACCGGUUAUUACGGGCAUCAACCAUGA